UAGGGACCACGGAGCCGGCUAGCUUCCACGCCGAUCCUUUCAUAUUAGCUCCCGGUGACGUCUGAUUCAUUCUGUGGUGCACCGGGCAGCCAGAAGACCAUUCUCCAUGAGGAGCAGUGGAAGAUGCCGGCUCUGCCAGCGCUGCUGCUGUCGAUUCACUUCCUCUUCCUGCUGCUGACCAUGGCCCCGCACUCUUUCAGCCAGGCCCCCGCCAUGUCCGCCGUGAAAAUGGCGGCCAUUUUAGAUGACCAGUCGGUGUGUGGGCGCGGGGAGCGUCUGGCAUUGGCUCUGGCCCGGGAGAACAUCAACAGCAUGAUGGAGGGCCCGGCUCGCGCCCGCGUGGAGGUGGACAUCUUCGAGCUGCAGAGCGACUCGCAGUACGAGACCACCGACACCAUGUGCCAGAUCCUGCCAAAGGGGGUGGUGUCUGUCAUUGGCCCCGCCUCCAGCCCAGCCUCCGGCUCCACUGUCAGCCACAUAUGUGGGGAGAAGGAGAUCCCCCAUGUGAAGAUCGGUCCUGAGGAGACUCCCCGGCUGCCGUACCUGCGCUUCGCCUCGGUGAGCCUGUAUCCCAGCAACGAGGACCUGAGCCUGGCCAUCGGCUCCAUCCUGCGCUCCUUCAGCUACCCCACCGCCAGCCUCAUCUGCGCCAAGGCCGAAUGCCUGCUGCGAUUGGAGGAGCUGGUGCGGCGCUUCCUCAUCUCCCGGGAGACGCUGUCGGUGCGCAUGCUGGACGACAGCCUGGACCCCACGCCACUGCUGAAGGAGAUCCGCGACGACAAAGUGGCCACCAUCAUCAUCGACGCCAACGCCUCCAUCUCCUACCUCAUCCUCAGAAAGGCGUCCGAGUUAGGGAUGACGUCAGCGUUUUACAAGUACAUCCUCACCACCAUGGACUUCCCCCUGCUGCGCCUGGACGACGUGGUGGACGACCAGUCCAACAUCGUGGGUUUCUCCAUGCUGAACAGCAGCCACCCCUUCUACCUGGAGUUCAUACGCAGCCUCAACCUGUCCUGGAGGGAGGGCUGUGACAUCAGCCCCUACCCGGGCCCAGCGCUGUCGUCGGCGCUGAUGUUUGAUGCGGUGCACGUGGUGGUGGGUGCGGUGCGGGAGCUGAACCGUAGCCAGGAGAUCGGAGUCAAGCCCCUCAGCUGCACCUCGCCGCUCAUCUGGCAACACGGGACCUCCCUCAUGAACUACCUUCGCAUGGUGGAGUAUGACGGCCUGACUGGUCGCGUGGAGUUUAACAGCAAGGGCCAAAGGACCAACUACACGCUGCACAUCCUGGAGAAGCAUAGGGGAGGCAACAAGGAGAUCGGGAUCUGGUACUCCAACAACACUCUGUCCAUGAACUCCACCGCCCUGGACAUCAACAUGUCGGAGAGCCUGGCCAACAAGACCCUAAUAGUCACCACUAUCCUGGAGGACCCGUAUGUGAUGCGCAAGGACAACUACCAGGAGUUCGAGGGCAACGACCAGUACGAGGGCUUCUGCGUGGACAUGCUGCGGGAGCUGGCCGACAUCCUCAAGUUCUCCUUCCGCAUCAAGCUGGUGGACGACGGCCUGUACGGGGCGCCCGAGGUCAACGGCUCCUGGACCGGCAUGGUGGGAGAGCUCAUCAACAGGAAAGCAGACCUGGCGGUAGCUGGGUUCACCAUCACCUCUGAGAGGGAGAAGGUCAUCGAUUUCUCCAAGCCCUUCAUGUCCCUGGGCAUCAGCAUCCUCUACCGUGUCCACAUUGGGAGGAAGCCGGGCUACUUCUCCUUCCUGGACCCCUUCUCUCCGGCCGUCUGGCUCUUCAUGCUGCUGGCCUACCUGGCUGUCAGCUGCGUCCUCUUCCUGGCUGCCAGACUAAGCCCGUACGAGUGGUACAACCCCCACCCGUGUGUGCGUGAGCGCCGGGACCUGCUGGAGAACCAGUACACCCUGGGCAACAGCCUGUGGUUCCCCGUCGGCGGCUUCAUGCAGCAGGGCUCAGAGAUCAUGCCCCGGGCCCUCUCCACGCGCUGCGUCAGCGGGGUCUGGUGGGCGUUCACGUUGAUCAUCAUCUCGUCCUACACGGCCAACCUGGCGGCCUUCCUGACGGUGCAGAGGAUGGAGGUGCCCAUCGAGUCCGCUGACGACCUGGCCGACCAGACCAACAUCCAGUACGGCACCAUCCAGGGGGGCAGCACCAUGACCUUCUUCAUGAACUCGCGCUACCAGACGUACCAGCGCAUGUGGAACUACAUGCACUCCAAGCAGCCCAGCGUGUUUGUGAAGAGCACGGAGGAGGGCAUCGCGCGCGUCGUCAACUCCAAGUACGCCUUCCUGCUGGAGAGCACCAUGAACGAGUACCACCGCCGCCUCAACUGCAACCUCACCCAGAUAGGAGGCCUGCUGGACACCAAGGGCUACGGCAUCGGCAUGCCCCUCGGCUCUCCGUUUAGGGAUGAGAUCACCCUGGGUGUGCUGCAGCUUCAGGAGAGUAACCGUCUGGAGAUCCUGAAGCGCCGCUGGUGGGAGGGGGGCCAGUGCCCCAAGGAGGAAGACCACCGUGCCAAAGGCCUGGGCAUGGAGAACAUUGGCGGGAUCUUUGUGGUGCUGAUCUGCGGCCUGAUCAUUGCCGUGUUCGUGGCCAUCAUGGAGUUUGUGUGGUCCACGCGCCGCUCCGCCGAGACUGACGAGGUACGCCCUCACCCCUGCCACGGCCGACACCACAGACACCCACCAGUGUCCGUGUGCCAGGAGAUGGUGUCCGAGUUCCGGAACGCCAUCUCGUGUAAGAAGAGCUCGCGCUCGCGUCGACGACGGCCCCUGUCCAGCUCCGCAGUGCUCCGCCACCCGGCCCGCCUCACGCUGGGGGGCCCGAGGCCCCUGAGACUCGUCCGCGAGAUGCGCCUCAGCAACGGCAAGCUCUACAGCGGCAUGGGGCCCCUGACGGGCGGCGCAGGGGGCCCCGCAGGCCUCGGGGCCGGUGUGGGCGGGUUAGGAGGCCCGGGCCCCGGCGUGGUGGACAUGGGCCCCGGCCCACAGCGCCUCCUGGAGGACCCGCUGGGCGCCGCGGUGUCCAGCACGCCCCCAGUAGGGGCCCCCUCGGCCCCGCCGCGCGGCUGCACCCACGUGCGAAUCUGCCAGGAGUGCCGGCGGAUCCAGAGCCUGCGCUCGGCCUCCUCCUGCUCCAGGAUCCCGCCCUUGCCCUCGGCCACCAGCUCCCUGCCCCGCCUGCCCGCCCCGCCCCCUCCGUCUUCGUCCAAUACGGACAGCGAGGGCGGGGGGUCGGCCAGCCCGCGCCGUCACAAGCAGAGCAAGCCUGCGCCGCCGCCCAGACCCCUGCCACCCUGCAGCAAAACGCCCUCCACAGACUUACUGAGCAAGCAGGACUGA